AUGGCAGCCGCAAAGACUGUCUCAGCGAUCUAUCUUGCGUUCCUACUCAUUUCAGUCGUCCCAAUAUUCGCCGACGCUCUGACCGACCACUCGGGCGACCAGUACCACAGCUGGGGUCUCGACUUCUUCGGGGCUGUUCACAUAUUGUUCGUCAAUCCCAUCGUGAACUUCCUUGGCAUUGCCGCCCUGUUCGCUCAGGCUCGCAUCCUCAUGGCGCAGACGCCAGGCUCAGGACUCGGCGCGCUUAGCCUGUACGGCGCCAUCUUCACAGCGGAGACAUCUCUGGGCCGUCUGGUAGCGAGACUGAGCCAUUGCUGGGAAAUUGAACAAUUUGAAGUCUGUUGA